CUUCGAUAGGACUAGGACGACUUCUGUGACAUAUGCCGCGCAGCUCGCCCGAUCCGUCCACGCCGCGCUCCACGUACUCGCUGCGGCCCCGGACGCGUCCUCGCGUGGAGGCCCCGCUUCGGCUGACCGACCUCUUCGACGACGUCCUCGAGCAGUGCCUCCCGCUGCAGAUUGCGGACGCUGCGCGCGCGGCGGCCUCGUGCCGUGCGCUGCUCCGGGCGUGGCAGCGCCCCUCCUUCGCCCGGCGCCUCGAGCUCCCCGACACGCCGAUGCGCGCGGACGGCGCGCUCGCCUGCCUGAGGAGGCUCGCGGAUGCCGGCAACCCGAGCGCGCGCUUCCGCCUCGGAGUCGCGCGAGUGUACGAGUCUUCGGCCGCGGAGGCGGGGGAGGGUUACGAGGAGGGGCUCCGCCUCCUCAAAUCGCUCGCCGAGCCGCCUCCCGAAGAGAACCUCGGUGCCCUCCGAGGCGACGCCCUCUUUGAGAUCUGGCGCCUCCGCACCCCCCGCACCCUCUCUCUGCCCCGCGCGUACCUCAGGGGCAGGGGGGGGGUCGAGCUGCGGCCUCCCCUCUCCCCCCUGCCCCCCUGCCCCCCUGCCCCCCUGCCCCCCUGCCCCCCUGCCCCCCUCGCCCCUCGCCCCUCGCCCCUCGUCCCUCCCCCUCACCCCUCGCCCCUCCCCCUCCCCCUCCCGCCUCCCCCUCCCCCUCCCCCUCCCGCCUCCCCCUCGCGGCUGGCUACGCGCUCACGCCCUGCGGCGCCGGCGAGCAGGCACUUGACCAAGGACGGCGACGAGAGGGAGCGGUUGCUGCGGCGUGCCGCCUCCGAGGGCCACGUCGCAUCGCAGAUCGAGCUGCACGGCACGUCGAAGAGCCACCUGCAGACGCUUGGCCUCCGCCGGCCGCUCGACGCGUCCGGGGUCUUCUCCCCGGCCUGGCUCACCGCGAGCGAGAACAUCCUCGCUAGCCCGUCUGCGGAGCGCGACCGCGAGGAGGCGACCGCCUCGCGCCACUAUUGCGACCGGCCGGGCUGCGUGCGCUGGCGCUUCCGCAAGAGGGAGGUUCGGAAGCGGGAGGCGGUCGGCCUGACAGGCUCGCCAUACAUCCGGCUCUGGAAGUGCGGCCGCUGCCGCUGCGCCUGCUACUGCUCGAAGGCCUGCCAGACGCUGGCGUGGCCUCGCCCGCACCGCGAGGAGUGCGACCGCAUCCUGGGCUUGCACGCGAACGCCCUUCUCGCUGCCGGCAUGGAUGCUUGACUAGGGUCGGGGGGAGGGCAACGCCGAGCUGUCGCGCGGCAUGCAGCGCGGGCGUCGAGCCGGCGGGAGGCGGGGUCAACGGGAGGUGGAUGGUGAGCAUGGGCCGAGGAUGGCGAUGGGGGCGAUGAGGCCGGCCGCGGCAGCGGUGAGCCAGCUUGCGGCGGGCUGGGAGAGCCGGAUAGAGAGGCGGGAUUGCUGCCGCUCUCUCUCAGUCUCCCCGCCGCACGCGCGAUCCGGGGACUGGAAUGACGAUCACGGGGAACGGGUGUGGUGCGCCCAGCUCUUGUGGCGGGCGCGUCUCUCAGGACUCAGAGGUCUCCUCUCGCUCUGGCGACCGUGUAUGAUU